UGGUACAAGGGCAUAUAAAGAAAGAAGAGGGGGACAAAGAUGGCAAAAAGCAAUAGAAGCAGACAGAAACAACUAAUAAAGAUGGCUGUCUAACAAGUUCGAAAAAUACGAAGCGAGAACAAAAGUGCGAACGAUUUAACGAACACGUGUAACGUGAUUUUUAUAUAUUCGAUAUGAGACUGACUGAAAGAAGCGGCGAAACCACGAUGUAUACAAUGAAACCGAUCAUUUCCUUGCCCGAUAUGUCACAUCAUACGGAUAGGAUAUACGAGAUGAAAAAUAUUCACGGAGAAAGUGGAAGAGGCGACCAUAUGGGAACAGGGAUCAAGAUCAUUGCCGAUGUUACAGAGCAGGUUAUCGAGUUUUUGAAGAAUCCUUUACCAGAAUAUGCUUUGUUAGAAGCUAGACAAGAAAAAAUUUUAGUUCAAUUAGCAGAACUUAAGAAACAAGUAUCUACUCUUUGCGACUUUUUAAAACAUACAAAUCAUGUAAAGAUGCCAGCAGAUUACAAUAAAAAGAAAAAUAAUAUGCUUUCUGAUGUAUAUUAUGAACCUAAAUCAAUCAAUGUUAAUUUAAUAAUAAAUGUAAAUCCAAAGAAGCCUCCAUAUUCCAUAUUAGCACUUCAAAAAGUUUGGAAUGAUAUUAGUAUAAAAUUGGAAUCAUAUGUUCAUUCAAGUGUUAUUGGAAAUGUACCUGAGAUAUAUAUCUGUGAUAUACAUCCACCUAAACCAAAUGUAAUAAAUUUAUUUCUCAUAUGGAAAGAAGUUGAGGAUCUUGAAUUUGUCACAGGAUUAUAUAAUUAUUCUUUAUUUGGCGAAGUUAACUUAUUAAGAUAUUUAAGUAGGAUAUUGGACAUACAUAAUUUUGACAGUUGUUUAGAUCCUGCACAAGCAAACAUAUUUGAUACUGUACUUGAUUAUUGCUAUUGUCUACAAAUAGAAAAAUCAUCAGAAAAGCAGCAAUUGAUAUUGCAAUUUAUUACAAAAAAAUUAGGAACAAAUAAAUGGUUUGGAAAAAAUAAACCAAAUAUUGUUGAUAUUGCUGUAUGGUCUGUAAUUAAACAAAUUUCUGUACAAAAUAUACCAUUGAAUCUUAAAAAGUGGAUUAAUACUUGUGAAAAAGUUUUCAAAUAAAUGCAUUAUUUGUACAAUA